AUGAUCAAGCGAGAAGACAUACUGAAAAAUCUGCAGCGGGACAGAGACGCGGAAAAAGAAAUGGAGAAGCUAAGAGCCUCGGGAGUCAUGAACAGCAUUCAACUAGAACAAGAGGAACAAGAACACGCGAAAAAGCACGAGAAAGCGAUCAGUUUUACAGAUUUGUCGAAGCAAAUCCUCAACGACUUUGAAACCACAAAGUACGAGAUGGGCUCCGUAUUAGGAUCCAAUUCCGAUUAUCAUGCUAUAAUUGAGGAAGGUGAUAUCUCGAGGUUAUUCGGGGAACUAAACGCUUUUGAGCUUUCUUUGAUGGGUAGUUCGUCGGUUCCAUUAGCAAGUUUCCACAAGAAAGCGGUCAACGAUUUAGCGUUUGACGAUGACGUUCUUGGACCACAAAUCACACUCGACGAUUGUCUCGCAUGGUUUUCAAGAGCAGGCGGAUGUAAAAUUCACGAUUUAUUGCCACCGGCAGAGAUAUUUCCAAACGCCGAGAAGUAUUCGAAGAAGCUGGAGCAAUAUGGACUGCCAAUAAUAUCGGAACGGAAAGAAGUCGAGAAAACGAUCAUCUUGCAGAUGACACGCGUUCUUGAGUUUAUCAGAAAAAUGUGCCUCUCUUCACUAUCAAUUGAGCAUAUAGCGAUGCUACUUUUUGUCUUGCUUCGAAUCUCCAUCGAUCGUCUAGCCGAGUACAGGAUUCGCACUGGGAUCUUCCAUGUUUUGACAAAGAUUUUUAAUUGUGAAGCGGCUCGGCAACGAAAAAUCAUCGCCGAAUUUUCAGCAAUCUCUUUGCAUCUCUGCGAAGAUAUGGUGACUCUUCAAUCGGCGAUCGAAAAUUUGCAAUACGUCGUCUGUGGUUGUACUGGAAUUUUACCAGUUCUCACUUCACUCUUGGUCUCAAAAACAGAAAAUGACAGUUUGGCCGUUGGAGAUCUUUCGAGUCGACCAAAGGCGACUUAUCUCCGCGAGCAUCUCCGUGUAGUAAAAAGGAUUAUUCCCCAGAUUGCUGAAGUUCUGAGUAUUCGUGAAGCUUACGCCAUCUUUUGUAUGCUCGACAACUCGAUUUGUAGCUGCGUCGUCAAGGAACUACAACCGGACGUAUUGGAUCGACUUAUACAAGCAAUUAAAGAGGGCGGGCAAGCCAUUAAGGCCGCGAAUGACGGAUCACUUGAAGAAACGGUAAUGAAAGGACUCAUCGAGAUACGUGUCGCUGCAAUGAUUAACAAGAUUCGUUUUGAAAGACCACAG